AUGAAACUCGCACUCGCUUUAUCACAGCUCGCGUACUUCUUCACCAGCCCACGCGGAGGGCUAUUCGCAUCAACUCCCACCAGACAAAGAGGAGGAACAGCCUCCAGGUCGGCGGGCAGACGCAUCAGAAAGCAGCAUCGACGCAGACCCUUGUUGCGCAGGUCUACAGCGAUUCUCCAGGACGACAGGGUACUCUCUUCUUUGUCCAGUCUUACCAUGGAGGAUAAGAAGCGAGGGGAAGCGCCUGAACGUCACCGACCGGAUGCAGAAGAUAGUAUGGAAAUCUGCAGUGUUGAGCCCCCACCGGACAACCCUACAUGCGCAAGUCCUGUCGCAGCGGAAAUCACUUCGCUAUCCUUUUUACCUCAAAGCAUUCGAGAGCAUCAAGAACAAGCGAAAAGGAGAAAGCUACAAGACGUAGAUAUGACUGAGGAUACAGAGACGCUUCUUCCCAUGGACACUUCUUGA